UCUAUCUGCAUGUCCCACACCACACAUCAUUUAUUAGAAUGACGGUCCUAUCCAAGACCGAUGUGGCUUUUUUUGAGACCACCAGGCGUCUCUUGUCCCACCUUGUUAACGAGGGCCUCUGUUUGGCGUUUAUUGAACCGACUGCAAAAGAUCCAGUCCAAUGGCUUUGCUUGACCAGUACCCAACGCGAUUACGGGAGUACCUGCAUGGUAAAGGUACAUUUCAUCCCCGAGAGAGUGGUCUUAGGUGAUGCAGGUCAAGUUACCUCUUUGGUUCGACCACACCAGCUGAGGCCGCGUGUGCUAUUGGAUUGUGAUGGUCAGCCGCUCCGCCUAGAACUGGAUCCUGGAGUGAUUUUUCAGUCCGUCUAUCCAUGGUUUGGAAAGACCGAUGAGAAUUCUCUCAUUGUGAGAGACCAAAUUACCCGAGAGCUUCAGAAUGCAUCGGCGAAUCAAGAGACUUGGCUUGAUGUCGACGCACAGCUGCCGCAGUUGGAUUUGUUCAGUCCGGCAAUAGAGUGGGAAAAGACGUUGAUUACCGGCCACCCAACCCAUCCUCUUCACAAAACCCUCUUCACACAGGCACCGUUGCCGCAAAUUUGCCCCAAUGAAAUAUGGCAAAUGCUAUCUCCAGAGAUUGUUUUCCUCUCCGUGCCACGCUCCCAAGUCCGUCUUUCGGGGCCUUUCGAAGCGACGCUUGGCGAUCUCCUCACAACGUUAGGUAUCGCUGGUUGCUCAGCAGACAGGGUGAUAGUUCCCAGUCUGGCACAACAGAGGCCUGCAAUCGAUUCUCGAUUUUCGGAGGUACAAGUCGUGGGCUCCGAUCGUGCAUCCGCGCAAGCUUCGAUGCGCACCGUGUCUCUCCGACCUGAGUUGCAAUUCAAGUACCACCUGAAGCUUUCUUUAGCCUGCCAAAUCACUUCUGCCCUUCGCACUAUUACUCCAUGGACCGUACUGGGUGGGGCAGAGGUCUCGCGGUUGCUCGAAAAGCUGCUUCCCCCGGACAUGUGGGUAUUCCGGGAGGUGGCCGGGGUGACUGGAGCCCAGGCCGACUUCAACGACGCCAAGCAUCUCUCUUGUAUCUUACGAGAAGAUCUGGAGCUACGAGCCAAUCUACAGAACGAGUCUUUGAUCUUGGCGUCAGCAUUGAGUCAGCACCCGGUCAGUGGCAUUGGGAAAUCACACGCCGAAUCUCUGCUCCCACCGGAGGGAAAGAAAGAAUGGCUUCAGAAGUACGUGGCCUGUCUUCUUAAUCUCACUCUUGUUCCACUGGUAAACCACGGUAUCGGCCUGGAAGCCCACGGCCAGAACAUCUGCGUCCGCAUCUGCAGAAAGACCAAGGCUGUCAAAGGCUUCGCCGUACGCGAUUUGGGUGGAAUCAGAUUGCACCUUCCCACGUUGCGAAGCCAGGGUUUCGAGCUUCGUGACAUUCCCCCUGGCGCAGCAACGACGACGGACAGUCUGGACGACGUCUGGAGUAAGGUUCAUCACUCACUAUUCCAAAAUCACCUGGGUCACCUUAUAGUGGCCCUCGGUUUAGAGGAGCAAGGUGGGUGGGAAAUCGUCAGAAACGAAAUCAAGGCCAUCUUGCAUCCCAUGGACCAGCUUGGUUCUGCCCAUGCCGCCCAAUUAUAUGAGUUUUUGCUGGCAAAGACGAUGCCUUUCAAGUGCUUUUUGAGCAUGAGGAUGGAGGGGAAAUAUCGGGACUACGUCGAAAGGCAGCUUCCUAAUGUGCUGCUUUAUUGAUAGCAGGGGAGUAAACUAAUAGGCGGUAGGAAAGCCAUGAUGCAUUCCAUUAUUGUGGUUAGAUCUUUUCCAGGAUUGAAGUUUGACCUAUUAAUGAUGAGAAGUUUCAGUCCCUACUAUAUUAUGUGGCUCAGUAUUGUCUUUACGUAGUAUGAUCUGAUCAUUGUCUGCUGCUAGCCGGGUUGAAGACGAAGGGUUGAAUUGAAAACUUGAUAAAGGGACGUGUGUAGCAACCUUGCUGGCUUCUUUUACUAGGUGUAGUGCUCGAUGUCUGCUCUUAUUAUUUGCAACUACCGCAUAGUAUAGCUGAUAAAAAAAAG